ACUCAACUUCACUCAUAAAUCACCAAACUAAGCAACCAAUUUCUUAGUUAUUAAUUUGUUAUCUCUCAUACUAGCUAGCAUUAUAUUCAUCAAUAUUAUCAUGGGUGUUUUCAAUUUUGAUGAUGAAACCACUUCUGUUGUAGCACCUGCUAUACUUUACAAAGCUCUUGUUAUAGAUGCUGACACUCUUACUCCAAAGGUUAUUGAUGCCAUCAAAAGUAUUGAAGUUGUUGAAGGAAACGGUGGUGCUGGAACCAUAAAAAAAGUCACUUUCGUUGAAGAUGGUGAAACCAAGCAUGUGUUGCACAAAAUAGAGUUGGUAGAUGUUGCUAACUGGGCUUACAACUACAGCAUAGUUGGGGGUGUUGGGCUUCCAGACACAGUUGAAAAGAUCACUUUUGAGGCUAAAUUAUCUGAAGGACCUAAUGGAGGAUCUGUUGGAAAGUUGAGUGUGAAAUACUUCACAAAAGGUGAUGAUGCUCCAAGUGAAGAGCAACUCAAGAAGGACAAAGCUAAGGGUGAUGGUCUUUUCAAGGCCCUUGAGGGUUACGUUUUGGCUAAUCCUGAUUACAACUAAAAUAUAUACUUCUCAAAUGCUUGCUAUAUUUAUGGUGUGUUGUUAUACAAUAUUUCAGGUGUGCUUAAUUUGGCUACCAAUGUAAUUCUCUGUUUUAUUUUGUCAUUUCCCUUUUGUUGCGAGUCAUGUGUAUCUCUCCUUCAAUAAAUUCUAAUAAUGAUUUAUAUAUAUUUCUAUUUA